UUUAAAAACAUCUGUCAAACGCACAGGUCAAAAAUGGCGGAUUAACAAAACGGGACGAACAACGACAAAAUUACUAAAAUGCAUGGUGUUGCUGCUAUCACGGCUCCAGACAAAGAAUAAUUACAUCAAUAUGGCUGCUGGAACUUUAGCAAAAGCGUUUUUCUCUCUAUUUUAUGCGAAGGUACAUUGUUCGGGGAUGACUGGCAAGGACAACGGGUUUGGAAAUAAUUACGUAUGGGCAGGCUCCCUAGAGUCGGGUCUCCAGAUAGCCACACACCACCGGAAGCCGUUGAUGGUGAUAAUCCACAAAUCAUGGUGCACGGCGUGCAGGAAUCUAAAGCCGAAGUUCGCGAACUCGCCGGAGAUACAGACGUUGAGUAAAAACUUUGUGAUGGUCAAUCUCAUUGACGAGGAUGAGCCGAAAAGCAACGUGUUUGCUCCAGAUGGCAGUUACAUACCAAGGAUACUCUUUAUAUCACCAAAAGGUUUAGUGGACCCAGAAAUCGUGAACGAAGAAGGUAGCAGUCAACACAAAUACUUCUACAGCAAACCAGAGCAGAUCGCUAAGUCCAUGCGAAAAGUGCUAGAGAAAUACAACCUAGAACAUUUUGAUGCAUGAAGAAUUUCAUUAGCAUACAAAGAAACAAUUUAAUGACAAGUAAUAUGGAUUCUAAUAACUAAAUUAGUUUUGUGAACUAACACGGUCUUAAUUGAUCAAAGGACUGAAUUCAAUCAGGGUUUGGCAAAAAUGUGAUUUUAGUGUCAUAUUGGCAAGAUUGUUUUGUAUCAAUAAAAUACUGGAACACCA